AUGAAGGCGGUUGCCUCUAUUCACCUAUUUGCCAUCUUGGCGUCUUGGAGUAUCACUGAUGCAUUUCUGCCCUCUUUGACACCAGUGUCACCAUCAGUUUCAACCACAGCUCGAUUUUCGACAGUGCUGGUCUCACCAAGGGAAGAUAUUUCUACCUUGACAGAGAGUAUUCUGACACCCAGGGGAUCUCAACACAGCUGGGAAGUCCACAAAUUCGGAGGAGCUUCGCUUGCCACAGCAGAACUCUACAAAACUGUUGGUGAUCUUUUGGCUUCAGAGGCUUCUGGAAAAGAUAACAGCUCCGGUGCCGUACCAACCAUGGCAAUCGUCUCGGCUCGGGGAGGCAUGACAGAUCAACUUGUCAAGGUGGUUGAUUCUGCGCUUGUGGAUUUCAAAUUGGCCAAGACGGUGCUGAAUGAGGCCGUGGAAGGGCAAAUCGAUCUCUUGCGAGAGCUGGCGUCUCCUGAAAUCACGGCCAAAAUUGAAGCGAACAUUCGAAAUGAUGCCAACGACAUCUUGCUACUAGUCCAAUCUUUGCGUAUGAUCAAUACAGUCCCAUCUGUCACCAUGGAGGUGGUUACAGGAUAUGGAGAAAUUUGGUCCGCGCAAACCCUGAAUGCAUAUUUGCAAACGAAAAACCUUCCAUGCGAAUGGAUUGAUGCCAGACCCAUUCUAAUGGUGCAAUCAGAUAGUUUGGGAUUGGGCGAAAAAGGAGCCGCUUCAACUGCUGGUGUCAUGCCUUUAUGGAAAGAAACAUCCAAUAAUCUAGCCACAUGGUGGAACACAGUUGGAAUGGAACGCGGCAUGCUGGACUGUGACUACAAGGCUGGAGUGUCGCCGAUUGUGGUCGUCACUGGCUUUGUGGCCUCCACAAUCGAUGGAGUGCCCACUACACUGAAGCGAUCUGGAUCGGAUUACUCUGCUACCAUUUUUGCAAAAAUUUUAGGAGCUUCUCGAGUCACCAUGUGGAAGAAUACAAAUGGGGUCUACACUGCCGAUCCACGUCGGGUUCCAGAAGCAUUUUCCAUUGACUCGUUGAAGUAUGACGAGGCUCUUGAACUUGCCUAUUUCGGAGCUCAGGUUCUUCAUCCGUCUGCUAUGGUUCCUUGCAUUGACGACAACAUCCCAGUUUACGUUCGUAAUAUUUUCAAUCCUGCAUUUGAAGGAACUGUUGUACAGGGCCGUUGUCUGACACUCAAAGAGACGGCCUCUUCUGGAAAGAGUGUCAACUGGAGGGCAAAGAAGGGUAUCAUUCCCAUCAAAGGCAUCACGUCAGUGGAUAAGGUUGCACUAGUUACUUUAGAGGGCGCUUCUGCCAUUGGAGGCUCGAGGGUUGCGGAGCGAUUCAUGGGGGCCAUGGCGGAUAACAACAUUAACGUGCUCAUCAUUACUCAAGCCAGCAGCGAGUCAUCUAUUUGCGUUGCUGUACCUGAAAAUGAAGGAGACAAAGCUAUCGAAGCUCUUCGGUCCUCCUUCGAAUUGGAGCUUGCCCGUUCCACUGUCGGAUCGCUUUCUGUCAACAAGGGCAUGUCGAUUGUUGCAAUUGUUGGUGAAGGAAUGAAUUCGUCUUCAGGCAUUUCGGCUACCUUUAUGUCGUCCAUGGCUCGCGCAAAUGUCAACAUUCGACUUAUUGCACAGGGAUCGUCGGAACGUCAAAUUGCUGUAGUAGUAGACAAGGAUGACGCAACGCGAGCCCUGCGAGCUGCCCAUAUGGCAUUUACACUUUCCGAAACAACUGCUAGUGUUGCCUUGAUUGGAAGCUCUGGAUCUAUCGGAAAGGCUUUCGUCAAGCAACUCAAGACACAACGACGCACGUUGAUUGAUGAACUUGGCAUUUGUCCCCGAGUCAUGAUUGCUGCUAAUAGCAAGAAAAUGGCCAUCGCCGAGACAGCCAAGGGGCUUCCGAUCGACCAAUUGGAUGGAUUACUAGAUGGAGAUUUGGUAGCAACUUCGGACUUGGAUCGUAUCAGCGAGGAAAUUGAAGCCAAUGUGAACCCACAUCGUGUCGUGAUUGAUUGCACCAACAACGAAAAAGUGGCCAAGUAUUACGAACGUUGGAUGUCAUCUGGCAUCGACAUCAUCAGUCCAAACCGACAAAUUGUUGCGGGGCCUUUGGAUCGUUACUCGCGAGUCUGUGAAGCCCAACGCGAAAGCAAUUCAAAUUGGCAGUAUUCCAGCAGUGUUGGAUCAGCACUCCCUGUCAUUGAAACGCUUCGUGACUUGGUUGAAACAGGAGAUAAAGUACACAAAAUCCGAGGAUCCGUGAGUUGUACUUUGGCUUACAUCCUCAGUACCUUUGACGAAGAAACUAGCUUUUCAGAAGCGUUGGCACAAGCCGUCGAGAAGGAGUUUACCGAGAAGGAUAUCCGACAAGAUCUUUCCGGUUCUGACAUGGCACGGAAGGUUGUCAUUUUGGCACGCCAACUCGGAAUCAACGUGGGAUUGGAAGAUGUUGAAGUGGAAUCAUUCAUUACGGAAGAGAUGGCUUCAAAUGAUAAUUUGAAGGCGGGUGAUUUGCAAUCUAUUGAUGCAGAAAUGCUUGAAAAGUAUAGGGAAGCGGCUGCAGACGGCCGCGAGCUUCGUUAUAAAUUUGAAAUCACCAAGGAGACUGGAAAAUGUAGAUGUUUCCUCGAAGCCGUUGAUAACAGAGAUCCACUUUUCAGGUUAAAGAAUAUCGAGAAUCUUGUUGCAUUCGAAACGGAUCGCUACUCGGCUUCUCCAUUGAUUAUCAAGGGUGCUGCAGCCGGUCCAGAUCUCACAGCAGCUGGUAUCUUCUCGGACUUUUUGAGAUUGACACGAGCAUACUCAUCAGAGCAGGCAUAG